CAACGCCGCCGUCCAUCCGUCCAUCCAAAGCGUACACAGUAGUGAGUGGGUGCAUACAGACAGUGCCGUUUAAAGCCCUAGAAUCCUGCUGGCGAAAACAUGGCUGGAUUCUUCAAGCAGCUGUCCUGCAUUUUGUGCAGUAUGAUGCUCCUGUUCUGUGGUGGCAUGCACAUCGGCUGGAGCAUUAUGCAUUUGUACAUGUCCGGCAAUCGAUGGGCAGUCGGCAUUUCGGUCGACGAGUUUCGGUUCGCCAUUUUGUCCUUCUUCACCGGGUGCGGAUUUAUCAUACUGAUUGUGGCCGGCACCAAAAACCUGCUGCCAACGCGUGUCUGGAUAAUGCUAUCGGCGUUCUUCUUCAUUAUCAACGGCGUAUUUUUCCUCGCAAUGCCCACGUAUUAUGCGGCCACAGUGGCUACCCGUAUUAUAGCAGGCUUUGGACAUGGGAUCGCUCACGUCGUUUCGAUCAUCUACGUGGGCGAGAUCGCUUCGCGCAACUAUCGGGGCAAGCUGGUCGCCAUACUGGUGUCGUCCAUCAUUGGUGGUAUUGCACUGUUUACCAUCCUGUCGAUGGUUACGACCAACCCGGUAUUCGUGGUGGAACCGAACAUGCACGCGAACCGUGCCAUCGGCAUCGUCAUCCUGCCGCUCGCCACCUUUGCCCUGCUGUGCUCCUGGUUCCUGGUGGUCGAAUCUCCCAUCCACACGCUCACGACGUCCGGCAACGAGUCGGAGGCACGGUCGAACCUGAUCAAGCUGCGCGGCCUUUCGAUGGAGUCGCCCUCGCUGAUGGACGAGUUUGAGGAUAUGAAGACGCUCGCGUCGGAAAGCGAAAGCCUUUCGCCGUUCUUCCUCAGCCAGGGCAACUUCCCACCAUUCCAGCUGGUGCUGCUAGUGAAGCUGGCCAACCUGCUGUUCUUCAACUACUCGAUGAACACGGCCAAGAUGUCGCUGAUGUCGCUCAUGUUCACGCUCGGCCUGUUCACGCACAACUGGGCCCCGUCCAUACUGAUGCUGAGCAAGUUUGCCGGCUCGCUGUUUGCGAUCCUGAUCAUCGAUCUGCUACCGAGACGGUUCAUGUACGGCAUUUCGUCCACGUUCACGGGCACGUUCAUGCUGGCGCUUGGUAUUAUUCUCGCGACGUACGACGUGGUCGCUACCUGGAUUCCGCCCUUCCUCUACAUCGUAGCGGAGGUGUUCAACACGUUCGGUAUGCUGCCGGUGUCGGAAAUUAUGCUGUCGGAAGCGUUCCCGCCGAAGAAGCGCGCCCUGUCCGUGUCGUCCAUACUGAUCUGCGAGUACGUGGGCCACAUGGUGGUGUACAUCAUCUACUUCAACGUGCCCAGCACGCUCACGAACACGUACAUCAAGACGCUCGUGUUUUCGGGUGUGAUUUUGCUCAAGUGCCUGAUCGCUGUACUCACGAUACCGGACACAAGGGGCAAAUAUCCUCGCGAGGCGGUUCACAUGUACAUGCACAAGAAAAAAUAAAAAUCGGGCAUUCAAAUCGUCCUCCCCCUAAA